AUGCUGCCGUACCUGUUCCCCGAUCUGUCCACCUUUGCUACAGUCGCCGAUCUUAUCACCCACCUUCGCACUAGUGAUGCUCGCCUGCGUGCCGCCCUUCCCACCGAGUUCUGCACUAAGAACCCCCCUCCACUGUACUGGACACUCCACUUCAUAGUCACCCGUCUCCCUGACACCCUCAGCUCAGUUCGAGACCACUUCCUUGCUCGCUGUCCCACUGAGCUCACAGUCCCCCUCCUAGAGGAGCAGCUGCUCGCGGCCGAAAAGAGCAUUGUAGCUGUCGGUGCUGCUCGUGGCGCUCCUCGCACCCCCAUCUUUGAGGGGUGUUCUCCCUCUCCCCUCGCUCCCUCCUAUGCUACUGCUGCUACUGUUGACUUCCUUGGUGCUGACUCCCAGCAGCAGCAGCGUCCUCAGACGACCCAGCAGCUUCGUGAGUGGCUUGCUCAGCGUGGGACGUCGGGGGGCAGUGGCCGCUGUUCCUAUGUCAUUCGCACAGGUGACCGCAAGGGACAGACGUGUGGGAGGUUCCACACCCCGUACCGCUGCUUCUCCCGCCUUGACGACGCUUGGCGUGAGGAGAUGGGUGAGGAUGUUGAGCGCCCCCGCUGGGCUGAGCUCAUGAGGGCUGGUGUUGAUGUCUUUGCUCUUGACUAUGAUGCUAUUAUUGCUGCCAUGUAUGCAUUGACUGUUAGUGCCGAGGGAGACUGUUACUUGUGUGUGCCGCCUGAUCCAGGUAUAGAGCCCGCUGCCCUGGGUACUAGUGAGUCUGCUCUCUCUGGUAUGGUGCCCCCUGUACUUGCUCCCUCCAGUACUGUCCCGGCUGUUUGCGAGUCUGCUCUCUCAGGUACAGCACCCACAGAGACUGCUCUCUCAGGUACCGCACCGGCUGAGGCCUGUCACACCUUCACCCUUGACUCAGUCCUUGCCCAGUCCACCACUGUACUCCCUUGUCCGGCGGUUCCGUCUGGCUCGUUGUCGGGUUUCCACCUCCCCUCAUUCUCGACGAACCUGGUGAGCAACGCUGUCAUCCAGGAUCAGUGGGUUGACACCUUUACCCCUGGAGGACAGCGUGUGGCGAUCUGCACGUGCUCCAGGACCGGCCGUCACCUGGCUACGUUUACCCGUCGGCCGGGGUCGAGUCUCUACACACUGACCACUGCGUCUCCUCAGGUCGCUGCUGUCGGUCAGGUGUCUGCGUCAGGUCUGGUGGCCCACGCCUCCCGCGUUCGUGGUCAGGGCGGUGAGCGGUACUUUUUGCUGGUUGUCGACGACUACUCGCGUUACACCACGGUCUUCCCCUUGCGCACCAAGGGUGAGGUCCCUGCUGUUCUGAUCCCUUGGAUCCGCACAGUUCGUCUCCAGCUCCGCCGCCGUUUCCGGACGGAUCUUCCUGUCCUGCGUCUGCACUCUGACAGAGGUGGUGAGUUUACCUCCGACCUCUUGAGGACCUUCUGUCAGGCGGAGGGCAUCGAGCAGACCUUCACGCUUCCGGACUCCCCACAGCAGAAUGGGGUUGCUGAGCGCCGCAUUGGCCUGGUCAUGGAGGUCGCUCGUACCUCCUUGGUCCACGCGGCGGCUCCCCAUUUUCUGUGGCCGUUUGCUGUCCGGUACGCCGCGCAUCAGCUCAACCUCUGGCCCCGUGUCUCCUUGCCGGAGACCUCGCCCACACUGCGUUGGACGGGGGAGGUUGGCGAUGCGUCGCGCUUCCGGGUGUGGGGUGCUCGUGCCCUUGUCCGCGAUACGUCCGCGGACAAGCUCUCCUCCCGCACGCUUCCCUGUGUCUUCCUUGGCUUUGUCCCUGACGCGCCUGGCUGGCAGUUUUACCACCCCACCUCGCGCCGGGUCUUCGCCUCUCAGGAUGUCACCUUUGACGAGUCGGUGUCUCUCAGGUAG